AUGAGGCAGAAACUCGCCCCACGUACGGUUCGGAGGCCGAGCCCCACCCCAGCUGUAAUGGUGCGGCUUAGGUCAACUAACACAAAGAGGAUACAGUUCACUCAACGAUUGCCUUUGGGUUCCGAACUCCAUAUGGGGAAGGAGCGUUGUUGUUUCCGAGGUCUCGAUCAUUUACAUGGACCCACUUCUCAUUCCAUUUGUGGGAAUUUUAUGAUCUAUAAACCGUCCCUAACGAACGAUCGCCUCAUGUUUGAGCAUGGUGAAUCACUUCGUGCCGACCUGUUGCCAAUAAACUUUUCGGCCUCAUAUGAGAAUGGAAAACUUGAGCAUUUUCUGCAUCGGUGGAUGAAGAAUCGCGAACAUAAGAAUUUAUGGUUGACCAUGUUCCCAGAAAAAAGAUACUUUAGAGAAACAACGAGCACGACUGAAGUGGCUAUACAUACAAAUCCAUUUACGGAUAGAUAUGCUUCGAUUGGAACUGGAAGUUCCAGAACAGGCGGCUGGUAUACCACCAUAAUGAAACUGCCUUUUCUUUUUUUUAUUCGGAUAGGAUUUUGGUUGGCUUCGUCGGGAGGCUCGCGUAGUUUGUUACGUCAGCUCCAAAAGGAUAAGUUGCGUUGGAAUCGAUAAAGUUCCGUGGAAUUCAUAAUUGCAUAAAAAAAAAGAAAAGGAGUCUUCAACCCUCUAUGAAAAGCUAUUAAAAAAUUUCAAAGGCAAAGGGCCAAGGUGAGAAAGACCAAAGAAAUCUGUUUCAUAAAUAGGGUCUCCUCUUGUCAUCCCGGAAAGAAUAUCUGCUCUGCUUGUUCACUCCCGAAACGCCUAAGCCGAAUAGAGGGAUAUGGUGUUUACCUAAAUAGAGUGGAACGGCAGCGCAAGCUCACUAGAGACUUACAUACCACUAGUAGUUUUUGUUUGUGUAUUGAACUUUGUUGAUGCUCUCUUCUGUGGAAAGUAAUGAAAAUGCUUCGGUGGUCAGGCU